UCUAAUCCAUUAUAUUUUGCGCAUCCCACCAUCAGCCCCCUACCACCACCACCAUCGCUUCCCCCGCCCCACCUUUCUACAAUCAAUCCAUCUAGCUUUUCGUUCUUGGGUUUUUUAGUGUUCAUUGAUGGCGUCUUCCUCCUCUUAUCAUCAAAGCAAAAAGAUGAAGUCAUCUGCAUCUCAUGUAUUUAUUAGCCACAGGAGCCUAGAUCAAGAUGUCGAAGAAAGUUUAGCUGUUCAGCUUUACCGUUCUCUUCAAAAGGUUAGUGUCCAAGCCUUUUUCCAUUCCGAAGAGAUGGAGCUCGGAGAUUUGUUUCCUCUUUCAACCGACACUGCCAUCCGCUCGGCUUCAGUCCAAAUUGCUAUAUUUUCAAAAGGAUAUGCAGAGUCAGCCUGGUGUUUGACUGAGCUUGUUCUCAUGUUACAAACUAAAGCUACAAUUAUUCCUGUAUUUUAUGAUGUCAGGCCUUCCGACCUGCACGACAUCGAAAAAGGGGCCUAUGCAAAUGCUUUCAAGAAAUUUGAAGAGCAGGGUAUGUAUUUGGAAAAACUGGAGGAGUGGAAACAGGCGCUCCGAUCUGUUUCCCUCAGGAUGGCUUACUACGAUUUCAACAAGCCUAGGCAUAAUAGGUAUGCGCUUUGUAAAAAGCUGGUGGCGGCUGUCCUAAAAGAGAUUGAGAAGAAGAAGCAUCUAAAAAUUGCCAAAAUUCCAUUGCCGUUUGAUGAAAUCGUGGAAGAGGAAAAGAGGCAGCGUUUGGAUGUUGCAAAAUAUCCCAUUGGACUUGAAGAAAUCGUGAAGGAUUUUGAAACAGAAUUCAAGCAGGACAAAACUACUGUCAUUGGUAUCUAUGGAAUGGCCGGGUCGGGCAAGACAACUCUGGCGAAACAAUUAUUUAAUCUGUAUCGCUCACAGUAUGACAGAUCAUGUUUUCUGUUCGAUGUACGAGAAUCUGAUUCGGUUUCUUUGGAGUCUAAGCUUGUUAUAGACCUAUUCCAUGGAGAUUUCAAAGGCAUUCCAAAUGAUGAAGUUACAGAGGAGGGAAUCAGUGAUAUUAGCACAAAUCUCAGGAAGGCCAAUUUUCCUCGCUUUCUUGUUGUCUUAGACGACGUUCAUGAUGUGCUCCAGUUGAAUGCUCUUUUGGCCAAAGCUGCGUUGAAGUCUGACAGUCUUGCGAUUGUUACAACAAGGGACCAGAGUGUGCUAAAAGCAGGCGGAAUUGAUUACAGAUAUGAAAUGAAACCAUUAAGCCUACAUGAUUCCAUGAAGCUUUUCUCUUGGUAUGCAUUCCAUCAAUCUUCUCCGGAAAGUGGAUAUGAAGAUUUGGUUAGAAGAUUUGCAAUGGCGUGUGACGGUUCACCCCUCUCGCUGGGCUUGUUGGGAGGGCAUGUUUUUGGCCGUGACAAGUGUGAUUGGGAGUUGGAAUUAAGCAAGAUUGACAAGUGUGAUUGGGAGUUGGAAUUAAGCAAGUUUCAUCCAGAAGAGAAGAAUCUAAUGCACAUACUCAAGAUAAGCUUUGAUGCGUUAGACAAAGAGGUAAAACAAAUCUUUAUGGACACUGCAUGUUUCUUUAUUGGUCAUUCUAAGGCUGUGGCCGUUAGAAUUUGGGAGGGAUCUGGGUGGAACGCUGGGAAGGCACUCCAAAUCUUAGAGGAUAAGUCUCUGGUUGAAGUUGUUAUAGAGGAAAUGGAUGAUGAGUGCAGAGAAUUGGAGUAUGAUGAGAAACAUAUUUUGCGGAUGCCUGCCUAUCUCCGCGAUUUCGCAUGGGAAAUGGCAGAUGCUCGGAGCUCUCCUCUUGAUCGCCUGUGGAGGACUGAAGAUCUUAAAUCUUGGAAAUUUAGUGGGUUCCAAAAGAUCCUCAUCGAAACCAGUGGAAAACAAUUGAGGUGCUUCAACUCGACUUGUGACUGGUCAAUCCGUAUUACAUAUUUUCUGGGAAAUUCACGUGGCUAUUCUGAAACGGUUCUGCUAUGGCUCGAGCUUGAUCUACGCGACAGUUUCUUGACAAGCAUUCCUCCUUGGAUUCCUCUCCAAAAUUUGCAAGGUUUGAAAGUUUCCAAUGGAGGGCUCAAAAGAUUGUGGCAGAACGAUAAUGAGGCCCAAUUCCAGUUGAGAAGGCUGGUGCUUUAUACAAUCUCCGCGAUGGAAGAUAUAAAAUCUAUAGAAAUGGUAACUACUUUGGAGGAUUUAGUUUUAUCAGGCGAUCUACUCCAAACAGCAACAACGGUGAUGGAAGGGAAUUCACUAUCAGAUUCCCUUAGAAAACUCCACCAACUCAGAUAUCUAGUUUUGAGGCAUUUCACGCUAAACGGGGAAUUAUAUUUAAGUAAUGAAAGAAAACCAUUUCUUCCUGAGACGCCCAUGUCUAGCCUUGAAAAGAUGGAAAUUUUUCCUCCCAAGCCGUCCAUAAAUAGCCUUGAAAAGAUAGAAAUAACAAAGGUAGAACUUAUGUCCAAGGUCUUCAUUUCCGGAGAGUAUUGUUACUGCCUUAAACAUCUAAAGCUUUCAGAUAUGGAAGAUCUAAGUGAGUUGAAUUUAAUAGGGGUAAAAACACUCCAUUCCCUUAAGAUAGAAUACUGUACAGAAUUAAAAACUGUGCUAGGAAUAUCUGACCUGAAAAUUCUUGUAAUGCUUUACCUGCGCGACUGCCCCAAGCUGGAAAUGAAGCCAACUGUUGCAAAUAUGCUUUGCUUAGAGGAAAUAACCAUUGACAAUUGCCGCAAGCUGCAGAAUCUAGAAGGUAUUGAAGAGUUGCAAGGAUUGAAAUACCUCCAUAUUUCAAAAGUCCAUAGACCUAUAUUGGUUACACCUAUGUGGAACGCUGUCCACUCUUUGCAGAGGCUCCCGCCUGUUAUAAGUGUGAUUGGGAUACCAGUUAACGAGGCGGAGUCAUUAACUGCAAAUCUCUUUAACGGCGUGACUUCCCCGAACAUGACCGUGAGUGAAAUUCCUAGUGCAUCAUUAAAUAUGACCCAGCCAUUGGGUGCAAUCAUUGUGUGCGCUGUGAUUGAGUGCGAACAAGAAUGUAAUGUUGUAGAAAUUCCUCUUUCUGCUAACUAUUCCACAACAAGUAGUCUACCUCUGCCGGGCUGGAAGCGAGAAUGGAGACAUCUACCUGCGGGCGAAUGGAUAAUUUCUAUUGCAAUUGCGGGCGGCUAUGCAAGUCAUUAUAUUACUCAAUCAAGCUGGAUUAGCAAUAAGGGACAUAAUGAUCCUAAAAUUAAGAAGGGAUUUAUUGUCACCCCGACCAAAGACGAAGAGGGGGAAAUCAUACAUCUAUUCAAAAAAAUCAUUAACCAGUUAUAUUAUCCUACCAAUUCCUUUCUUCUCAAAUAACAAGGAUUUUGGAGCUGCAACAGUCCCCGUCAGGGACUGCAAUUUCGAAGCAGGAAAGAUAGGAUUGCAUUAGGAUUUUUGGAUGGUCAGAGCUGCAAUGUCUUGGCUUGGGUAAUAACAGUAAAGGUGAUGAGAAACAAUAAAGUCUUACGUUUAUAAUAAUGUGUUAAUAGGAUAUUUGAGUAAGAA